GAAGGACACCCCGCAUGACAAUCUUCACCGCAUCCCUUGGAAUGGUCUGUCCUCUUGGUUUAGCUAUUUGCUGCGGUUUGAUUCGAGCCGUAUAUAGAGGGACAACGGUUCUAUUUCUCAUUUAUGAGAAGGUCAAAAAUAAAGUCAGAAUGCAGCUUAGCACAUGUGUUGAGACCUGCAAGAAUUUUAAGUUGGUCGUCAUAUCUCGACUUAUGAUAGCUAGCAUGUUAUCCUUGAGCCGAAACCACAGACUUCGCCAGCAUCUGGUACAAUCUUGGAAUAGAUAUCCGAUUGCUUCAAUGCCAAUGUAUUCGGCACUGGUCGCGGAGCCUUGCUCCCAAACAAUAUCAGCAUAUGACUAGCUAUGAGUUUGCGAACACUUUCCAAACUUGGGCCUCUGACAGCGCAUCCAACACCUUGACGAUACGGCAAACCAAAACAGUCUCAGGUCGACGUGACACCAGCAAACCAACUUCGGGGCUCCCAGUGAGAACGACUCAUCAGUCUGCUGGGAAGUCUUC